AUGGAAAACGACAGAAUGGAUGCGAGGGACCAAAACCAUGGGGUUGUUUUGGAAGUGCAUGUUAAAUCCCAAAGCACAGCUAAACUAUCUGAAGUGAGGACGCAUGUCAUGGCAAUGCUUAGUGGCAACAGCACAGUAUUUGGAAACCACAAGUGGUCGAAGUUUGAUGAAAGCUUCCUAAGCACUCAUGUAGAAUCUGUCGCCGUAGUGGACCGGGAGGACAUGCCAUCACAAGCCAUCGAUUUGACGAAGAGCCAGGUUUCCAUUCACAUUUUCACUCUUAAUGAGGAUGGGCCCAGUACGCUUUGUUUGGAGGAGGAUGAGGAGCUCUCAGCAGCUAAUCACUGGUUGCUUCCAGCAGCUGAUUUCCAUGGACUUUGGGAGAGUCUGGUGUAUGACAGUGGGGUAAAAACUCAGUUACUGGAUUAUGUCACAACAACAAUUUACUUCUCUGACAAGAACGUUGACAGUAGCCUGAUUUCAUGGAAUCGUGUUGUGCUGCUGCAUGGCCCCCCAGGCACCGGUAAAACAUCCUUGUGCAAAGCCCUUGCCCAGAAGCUGUCAAUCAGACUGUCAAAUCGGUACACGUAUGCACAAUUUGUGGAAAUAAACAGCCACAGCUUAUUCUCGAAGUACUUCUCUGAGAGCGGCAAACUGGUCACAAAAAUGUUUCAGAAGAUUCAGCAUCUUAUUGAUGACAAAGAUGCUCUUGUGUUUGUUCUCAUCGAUGAGGUGGAGAGUCUGACAGCAGCAAGGAACGCCAGCCAGGCGGGAACAGAGCCAUCCGACUCUUUCCGCGCGGUCAACGCUGUCCUCACUCAGCUGGACCAAAUCAAACAACAUUCCAACGUAGUGAUCUUGACUACCUCCAAUGUGACAGAAAAGAUCGAUUUGGCCUUUGUGGAUAGAGCGGACAUUAAACAGUACAUCGGACUGCCGUCUGAAAAGGGCAUUUACAAUAUAUUUCUUUCUUGCCUUGAGGAGCUCAUGAAGUGCCAAAUCAUUUACCCACGGCAGCCACUUUUCACGAUCUUUGAGCUUGAGACGAUGGGAUUUGCAAAGAGUGAAGUCUCUGAACAUAGUCUGAUGCUUAGGAACAUCGCCCUAAAAAGCAAAGGUCUGAGUGGAAGGGCCCUGAGGAAAUUACCCUUUCUUGCUCAUGCACUCUUCGUUAAGGCACACAGAGUGACUCUGGAAACAUUUCUAAGGGCCAUGGACCAGGCAGUGGAUAAGCAGAAGGAGGAAAUAUCUAACCUAGUGAAUGUUGUAUGA